CUGGUCUAAAUUAUGCUAUCCUACCAUGGAAGGAGGGCUGGGGAUUAGAUCUUUGACAGACAUUGAGAAAGCUUUCACUCUCAAACUAUGGUGGAAAUGGAAAACUGAUGAUUCACUGUUGGUUAAAAUGAUGAGAUUGAGAUAUGAUAGAAAUGGUAGUAUGGUACCUAGGAUUACAGAUUCAACAACUUGGAAGAGGAUAUGCUCUGCUAAUGAACAAUGUCUUCAGCUCUGUUCCUUAGACUCUUCUGGCAGAAUUACCUGGAAUGAAGAAGAUGAUGGUCAAUUUUCCUUUAGAACAGCUUAUGAGGAGUGGAAGAUUUCCAAAGGUAUCUUACCUAUUUCUGAUAAACUUCAAAGAUUCCAACAGGUAUUAAAUCUCUCAAGAUGCCCUCUUUGUAAGAAUCAUAGUGAUACUCUACAACAUUUGUUUUUUCAAUGUUCCAUUGUUAAAGUGGUUUGGCAGUAUUUUCUGAGUAUUUUCAGUAUAUAUCAAUAUCCUAGCAUGGAUUACAGACGCUAUUGGAGUUGGUCUUCUGGUGCGCCUAAAAACAAUUUAGAGAGUACGGUUAAGCAAGACAUCCCAGGUAUUAUCUGUUGGACACUUUGGAAGACCUAUGCAGAUAUUACUUGGGGUGAGGGGGGGAAGACCAUCAGCUCAAGCAAUAUUAUUACUCAGGUCAAAUUUUACACGCACAAUUGGGUUGCUAGUCAAUCUAUGCCCAAAAUCAGAUUUAUUGGGGAUGUUCUGGUUGAUGAAGGUUUGGUACCAAAAAAUUUCAAGAUUAAAGGCUACAAACCGACACUAAUUAAAUGGCUUAAACCUGCUUUGCAAUGGAAGCUUAACGUGGAUGCGAGUUACUUAGCUGGCAAAGCUUCUGGAGGUGCCGUUCUGCGUGACCAGAGAGGAGGUUUUGUGGUUGCGACAAGCUUCCCUCUUCGUGCUUCAUUGCCACUGGAAUCUGAGAUAAGGGCCAUUAUUUUUGCUAUCAGAUGGGCGGUAGAGGAAGGGUAUGAAGAUUUUCAGGUGGAAACCGACUGUUGAUUGGCUUUGGAUUAUUUCGAAGAUAAGAUAGGUAGAAGAUGGAUGGACGAAAUUCAGGCAACCUCACUUCUCAUCUUCCGACAUCGAUUGCGGUUGGGCCAUAUCAAGCGGGAAGGCAAUUGGGUUGCCCACUAUUCGGCCCAAGUCCAGACAGAUCAGGCCAUUCUCUUUACUCUUACAGAUCAGCUGCCAAUUUUUGCUAAACGGGCUUAUUGGAUGGAUUAUUUUGGCAUUCCUUCUAUUAGAUUAUAAUUUGUUUGUCUCUAUUUCUUCGGGUUUGGUUCGGUCCCCCCGAUUUAUGUAUUCUUUCAUUACUAUUAAUAAAAUAUGGUAAAUGUCCCCCGACAUUUACUCCACUGAUUUUGGUGGUUGGCCUUCCGGG